GGUGUCUCUUCAGCCAGCGACUUUGCUUGGAGGAAAUCGAAUGGUGCUUUGAUGAUUACGCCUUUGGGCGAUGUUUGCCUACAACGGGAAGUGUGGAGGAGGAAGACUUGUAUCGGUUUGAUCUGGAAAGGGAGGUGUUGCACGCUUUAAGUCGUGAACUGAGGAGACUGUUCGCUUUGGGUUACCGUUGGAGUCAUGCAUAUACUCAGUGUACACUGCAAGGCAUGCUGUUCGCCGCUAAAAAUGACAUUGCGUUCGACCCGAUUACAUGUUCACAUUUAGUUGAUCAAGACUUGGAAGGUGCGCUUAAAGCGUUAGAAGGUGAAGACACUAUCGACCCUGAUAAAGUUGCAAUUGUGAAAUUUACACCGAGCGCCGAGAACCCUCACGCCCAAUAUGCAGAUGAAGUCUACUACCCUCCAAUUCCCGACGAACGAGCCGCGGCGCGUGACAUAAUUUUGCCUCCGAAUGCAGUCGACGUAUUUGAUAUGCCCGAUCCUUACGCGGGCUAUGAAAUAAAGAAGCGCGAAUGGAUUCCGCAAAUGAGGCGCCGUUCCGUAUCCCCUACGUACUUUAACGAGUAUUAUAAUAGCCCGCUAGGUUUUAGACUGGGGGAGGAAACGAGAGACUCUCAGGAUUACCUAUCUGAUGGUAACGAGAACGAGUUCCUUACAAACGACAUUCCUUACACUUCGACGACGGAUUUAAGCGUUGACGAUUUCAAAGAAUUUUACCCCACUAUAAAUUUUUUAAGCAAAUUUAACCUCAACUCGGAUGACGUACGAAAAUUGCUGCAACCGGAAAAUGUACCGAUCUUACAGGCGAUUUUGGAAGGGUUCGACAAGGAGGAGAGUAAUUACGACACUGACGUCCUCGCACUGCUCAGGCAAAGGAUGGAGAAUGACGAGCCAGUCGAGCCCGAGAGAUUUUCAAUGCUCUACAAUACUCCGGAAGGUUUCAGAUCUGGAUGGGAGUCUAGAGAUAUUCAAGGACUUGGAGAUGACUUGCCCGAGUCGAGAGUCUAUUAUGAGGAGAACGAGGAUAACGGCGUGGAAAGGCAAGAUGAUGGAAGUGGAGAGUCGACGGAACCGGAAAUAUUUCGCGAGUUGAAACAAUUGCACGACAAGUAUGGCAAUGACGUCGACGUUACCCAAUUUACUAACAAUCACCAACCGUCCAGCGGUUUGGCUACUAAAACCAGUGAUAAUAAUAACAAUAACAAUGGACAAUCCGGUAUCUACACAGAAGGAGGCGUCGUGUACGUCCCUGACUCACAAAUUCAGGGAAACACAAGGGUUGACGAGGAAGAAUCCUUCAAUAAUGACCUAGACGAGUUACUCGAGCGUUACAAUAGUGGGUUUAAGAGACCCGAGCGACUCGAUGUUAAGAAACCAGGCCCACUCUUCGAUUUGCAGCUUAACGAUGGAAAGAAUCAGUUAGCCGUCGAUUAUGAUACCGUAAUGCCCUCCAUGAUGAAAAAAGAACCACGAGGUGCGCAUCCUAAUCCGCUUCAUGAUAUCUACGACGUUGAUACUAAUUUCGUUUACGUGAUAUUUAAGGACAGCCUAAGCACUUGGCAGCAGGGAGAGGAGGUAAUUGGUAAUAUCUCCAACUUACUAAAUUUGGAACCGAAGGCGAUCACUCACGGAAGAGUUGAACCGAACGCGGUUACCUUUAAAGUUAAUAAAAACGCCCAGAGUUUGAACGCGACCGAGGUGGCACAAAGAAUUGGAGAGCUUCGGGACAAGAUCAACAAAGCUACCGGUAUGACUAUUAUGGCGGCUGGAGUUGGAGAUAAGAUCAAAGAGCAGGCAGUUUUCACAUCCAAAGUCGAUGAGCCCGUUGAAUUCUACGUUAUCGCGUUGCUACUAGCCGGACUUUGCUUGACUUUUGUUAUAACGGCAUGUAUUCUAAUAGUAAUCCGUCGACAUAUUAUUUCCCGUGAGAAGUUACACGGAUUAACUCGUCCAGAUACGGAAGCUAGCAAAGACUAUCAAGAUUUGUGCAGAGCAAGAAUGGCGACCAAGACCCAACCACAAGCAGAGACCGUUCACGGAAGAAUAACAUCACUAUCACGCGAAUCGGAACAAAGCCCAUCCAGUCGAUCUAGUACAUCAUCGUGGUCCGAGGAGCCCGCCUUGCAUAACAUGGAUAUAUCAACCGGACAUAUGGUUUUGAGUUACAUGGAGGACCACCUGCGCAAUAAGGAUCGUUUAGAACAAGAAUGGGUAGCGCUCUGCGCCUACGAAGCCGAGCCGUGCUCGAGCACCGUCGCUUUGAAACCGGAAAACGUGGAGAAGAACCGUUACCCUGAGAUUCUGCCGUAUGACCACGCCAGGGUUGUCUUGAACGACUUGACGAAUGCGUCCGGUUUUGACUAUAUCAAUGCAUCGAGUAUAACAGACCAUGACCCCCGAAAUCCGGCCUACAUAGCAACGCAAGGACCCCUACCGCACACUUCCCCCGACUUCUGGCAGUUAAUUUGGGAGCAAGGAGCCGUCGUAAUAGUCAUGCUGACGCGUCUUACCGAAGCUGGGAACGCGAUGUGCCACCGGUACUGGCCCGAGGAGGGUUCGGAAAUGUAUCACGUCUACGAAGUGCAUUUGGUGAGCGAACACAUAUGGUGCGACGACUACUUGGUUAGAUCGUUCUAUUUGAAAAACACUAAGACCGGAGAGACGAGAACCGUAACACAAUUCCAUUUCCUUUCCUGGCCGGAAACCGGGAUACCUUCUUCGACAAAGGCGCUACUCGAAUUCAGACGAAAGGUCAAUAAAUCAUAUCGUGGGAGAUCGUGUCCGAUUGUUGUACACUGCAGCGACGGAGCCGGUCGAACCGGAACGUAUUGUUUGAUAGACAUGGUUUUGAGUAGAAUGGCGAAGGGAGCAAAGGAAAUCGAUAUUGCGGCCACGUUGGAACAUUUACGAGAUCAGCGACCAAGGAUGGUGGCCACUAAGCAACAGUUCGAGUUUGUACUGACCGCUGUUGCUGAAGAAGUGCACGCCAUUUUAAAAGCCCUACCUCCUCAACCGGCACCGGGUAGCCAACCGGAUAAAGAAAAGGAAAAACAGUAACUUAUUUUUGAUAGUUAGAUUUUAUUGUAUAACUACAUAACGUGAAACAUUUCCAGCCCUGUUUCACGUACUGUAGUAGUACCAUUCUCCUUGAACAUGAAUUGGUUGUACGUUUGAGUUGACCUGACCAGAUUUAUAUAUUUGAGUACGUUCUAGUCACUACCGAUUAAUUUAUUGAAGGUAAGGUAUAUGUUUGCAAAAAAAAGAUGACACCUUUCCACAUAUCUGUCUCUGUUUUUUGCUAUGAAAAUUCUACGUUUUUUUAAGCUUUGCAAGUACCUACUGUAAGAUGUUAUAUCAAGUAACAACUUAUCAAAAUUAUGUUUACACUGAAUGUUAAAAUGUAGUACGAUAUAUUUUGUGUAUAAAUGUAUUUAUGGAAAUGAUCCUAAAGGUAUAUUCCUCCCCUAUUUAAUAUUAGAUGCGUUGAAUCUUUAAAAAGUUUUAAUAGAUUAGGUAAUUUCCUUCGUUAAUAUGAUUAAUGAUAUAUUGAGAGCUGCCAGAUGAUAGGCAAUUAUUUAUUAUAUACGUUGAUCAAUUAUAUAAUUAUGUAUUGAAAAACAUGUUUUCUGCAUUUGCGAUUUUGAUAUCCAGCCUCUCAAAAUCGUCAAUGCAUUACAUUGCGAUGUAUGGAUUCGCACAACAGAAUGAUAAUAAAUUUUUUGAGCGCAGACUGAACUUGUUGGAGGACAUAUUUUUGGAGUUUGAAUUAUGAUGAAGUAUAUGUAUAAAAAUAUA